AUGCCGACCAGGCCAUCCGAAGCUUCGCAGCACGCUACCGGCGGCCAGCCAGAUGCGGUUGCGGCGAGAAGUCCGCCCACGCAAGACUUUGCUAGUCAACGGGCCCCAGUACCGGCUCCUGCACCGAUCACGGCGCCGACCGUCGCACCAGCCUUCACCACCGUGGUUCCUGCUCACACCAACGCCAUCAGCUCCGCUCCAGACGACGCCGGACAUCAGUCCAACUACCCUUGGCCAUGCUUUUCGCAAAAUGUUCGUAAGAAGAGAGCAAGGAUAAUAAUAAGAAAUCUGCCAUUUCAAUUCACAGAGGAUAAUUUAAAAGAAUAUUUUAAUGAGUAUGGUAAACUUGAAGAAGUAAAGAUAUUAGAGAAAAAUGGAAAACCUGUUGGUUGUGGUUUUGUACAAUUUGAUCGUGUACAAAGUGCAGCGAAAGCAAUACAUCAUGCAAACAUGAAGAUACUUCAAGGUAGAUCUAUCGUGGUUGAUUGGGCAAUACCAAAAAGUAAGUAUAAAAAAGAUAAAAAUAACCCAGGAAAUAUAAAGGAAGAUAAURUUGAUGCUGAAAUAAAGAUGGAAUGCGAAGAAUAUCAGAAUGAUGAUUCUAAAAACGAUUAUAUAAGUUUAUCGACUGAAAAAAAUCAAGAGGAUAUAAAAGAUUUAUCAGAAGAAGAAGAAGAGGACGACAAAGAAUUAAUUAGGAGACAAAAUUUCAAACGUGAGUCUAAUGAUGUUGAAGAUGGUAAAACCAUAUUUUUAAAAAACGUACCAUUUUCGACAACAAAUAAUGAACUCAAAAAAUUUAUGGAAGAAAGGUUCGGUCCAAAACUCUAA